AUGCUUCUCAAUAACUGUUGUGAGAGUUUCAACAGUGUAUUGAGAGAGGCAAGGACUAAGCCAAUUCUGCAACUCAUGGAAUGGAUCCGUAGAUAUGUUAUGGGUAGGUUUUUCUCAAAAAAGGAGGGCUUAAAAAGUUUCAGUGGUCUGAUUAUGCCAUCAGUAGUGAAGAUGGUGGAGAGAGGCUUGCAAGAAGCAACAAACAUGAAGAUUAGUGAAGCAGAUUUGCAUGAAUUUGAGGUUGACCAUGAAGAUGAUACAUAUGUGGUUAAUUUGGAGCAACAACAGUGCACUUGUUUCAGGUGGCAACUCAUGGGCAUACCAUGUUGGCAUGCAUUAGCAUGUAUGCAGAAGAGGAGAUUGAACUAUGAGGAGUUCAUACACCCUGCAUAUCAUGUUCAAACAUAUUCCAAGGCCUAUGCUCCUAGCUUUAGAGCCAUGCCAGGACAACAACAGUGGGAUGUAACUCCUCAUCCUAAACCUUUGCCUCCACCACACAGAAAGCUACCUGGGAGGCCAUCAAAGCACAAAAGAAGAAAGGAAAUAGGUGAGGAUGAAGAAAGAAAUGUGAAAAGGGCAAAGAAGCAAAACCAUUGUAGUAGAUGUGGUGGGCUAGGUCACAACAUUGUGAAGUGUAAGAAUCCACCUUUGGACAAGUCUGUUGUCCCAAAGAAGAAGGUUGGGAGGCCUAAGUCCACCACUAAUGCUUGUUCAAGAAAUGUUCAGGGUACCUCAACUUCAGCUACUGCUUCUGAGACUGCCAGAGCAACUGCACCUAAUGCUGCUGUUUCAAGAAACUCAGGUGGUAGAACAGAUUUCCAUGGUCCCUCCAGUUCAGGUGCCAAGAAGGGCAAAGGGAAGAAAUGA